AUGACAACCCACCAGUCCAUUUUUGUUAUUGGAAUGAGAGGAAUAGGGAAGACGACCAUGGGAAAGUGGCUUGCGGAGUUGUUGUCCUGGACCUUUGUCGAUCUAGAUGAGAUGAUUGCCGAACAGAACGGACUUAAAUCUGCGGAUUUAAUCCGGCGCUUUGGCUGGGAAAAUUUUCGACCUCGAGAGGUCGCUGCUCUGAAGGAGGUUAUGAAGACAAGGCCACAAGGCCAUGUCGUCUCAUGCGGCGGUGGAAUUGUCGAAACGGAAGAGGCACGCAUCUUGCUGAAAGAAUGGCACGCCAACGGCAUAGUUCUUCUUGUUCAUCGUGAUAUGAAAGAAGUGGCCGAAUAUCUUCUUGCCGAUAAAACUCGGCAUGAAUUCCCACAAGACAUACAACAAACCUAUGAGCGCCGAAAGCCGUGGUUUGAUGAGUGCAGCAAUCUUUCUUAUCUUAGUCCGCGUCCUCAUCAUGGCGAUGGGAUUCCCCAACAUUUUGAGAGCUUUGUGUCUGGCAUAGAAUGGCGCGCGCUUGAGGAUGGUAGGGCAAUUUUGAUGGAAAAGUCGUCGCCAUCUUCAUAA